CCUCAACAAACACCCCCAUAAAUACAACCUCAACAAACACCCCCAUAAAUACAACCUCAACAAACACCCCCAUAAAUACAACCUCAACAACUGUCUCGACAACUGCAACCUUAUCAACCACCACCAGAAGUACAACCUCAGCUCCCAGAAACCCGUGUGCGUGUAAUCCAUGCAAAAACAAUGGGACAUGCAUUGGAACAACAUUGAAUUAUGUUUGUGUUUGCCCUCCACAAUGGGCAGGAAUAAACUGUACUAAUUUGGCUUCUUGCAAUAAAUCUACAUGUAUUGUUAAUGGUACUAGUCUGACAUUUGACACCAUUCAUAUGGGAUCCAUCGGUCUUUCAAAGGAGGUCUGUGAGACUAUGAAUCCAAAUGAUGGAUCACCACUCGCAACGCGAAAAUGUUUAUUGAGCAAUGAAAGCUUGAAUCUGACUGACCCUGUCCUCUUUAAUUGUAGCACGAGUCUGCAGACUGUCUUGGCUGAUUUCACUGAUACCACCAUCGACACUACUGCGUUUCAAACUGUGGUGCUGACAUCGAAACCAGAAAACUUAAAUGUGCAAGAGGUUAACACAACUGCAGUUAUUCUCCAUAAAAUAAUGCAGGAUCCUGCACAGUUAAACCAAGAGAUUUCCAGAAAUACAAUAAGCACAUUCUGUAAUAUACUUGAAGUGAAACAAGACAUCAUUGAAGAAGUACAGGCAGAAUUGUCAAGUUUGACUGAAGGCUUAGAAAACAUGUCACGGUUUGUUGACUUGGAUCAAACGUGUUCACAAUUGGCAGUGAAAUCAAGUAGAGCCAAUUCGUCUAUAAAUGCUGAUGGCUUGGGAAUAGUUUCAUACCAAGGUCCUUUCGCGGUCUCAGGGAACAAUAAAAUCAAUCUUGUACACGAGGAAAAUGACAUCAACAUCAGCUCUUUGGAGGCAUACAUAUUUUUACUAAACAAAUCUUUCAACCCUGAUACUCAGUUUGGAUUUGUGCUCUAUAAAGAUGCCUCAUUCUUCCAAACUCCUAAAAAGAAGAACAGUUUUGUGAUGAAGACUCAAGUGAUAUCUGCUGUCGUUAAUGAAACAAUUAAUUCGUUUAAUAAAUCAGUGACAAUAAAAUUAAGGAAGAAGGACCUAAAUGAUGGAUUUUAUUUACAAAGUUAUGAAUGUGUCUCCUGGAAUUACUCCGUUGGACGGUGGUCAAAAGAUGGAUGUUAUCUUGUAGAUGCAAAUGACAAUGCAACACAUUUCACAUGUCACUGUUCUCAUUUGACGAACUUUGCAAUUCUCAUGACCAUUAAAGGUAAAACUUUACAAUAUUUAGACACAAUUUCGUAUAUUGGAUGUACGUUAUCAAUUGUGGGACUCCUAGCAACAGUUAUUGUACCAAUCUGGAUGAGGGACUAUCGGACAAGUGUGAAUGGAAAACUUCAAAUAAAUCUGUCAGUUGCCCUUCUGGGGGUGUACAUCACCUUCUUAGUUGGGGCAAUAAACAGUGACUGGGCAAAUGCUACACCUGAUCAGAAUAACAUAGCACAAAGUGAGAAUCCCUUCUGUACUGCAUCAACAUGGUUUUUACAUUUCUUCCUUCUGUCGUCCUUUGCUUGGAUGUGUGUACAAGGAAUUGCACUGUAUAGUUCGUACAAUCGUCUUAUUCAACAAAUGGAGAGAAGUUAUUUUGCUGCAGUGUCAGCUGGUGUGGCAUGGGGUGCACCAGCUCUUAUUGCAAUUAUAACAAUUUCUGUAACUCAACCAAAAAGUAUGUACAGACAAAAAAACAUCUGCUGGCUUGCUGUUCCUGGAGAGUCUGGUUUUUUUAGUGGAAGUAAUGUACUUUUGUGGGCAUUCUUCCUCCCAGUGUCUUUGGUACUGCUUAUGAAUGUGAUGAUCUUUGGUUUGAUCAUGUCCAAGAUGGUUUGCAACAAGAAAAACUUGAAAGCGUAUAAAGGGGACUUUAAGAAAACUCUUCAGAAGCAUUUUGCUAUGGUCUUUGCUAAUACAGUGACUUUGGGCAUGUGUUGGAUUACUGGCUAUUUGAUGCUUAUUGAAGAAGCUUACAGCAUAUUCAGCACUCUUUUUUGUAUACUAAAUUCUCUGCAGGGUGUUUUUAUUUUCCUCCUGUGCUGGAUGAAUGUGAAUGAAUUUAAAAAUAGGAUGAAGCAACCAUUGCAAAUGUUCAGAAAGGAGAAAAGGACCACGAUUGCAAUGAAGCAUCUGAUCAGAAAAGAAAAUUAAGAUGCGCAUAAAAUAAAUACCUUUUGGAUAUCACAUGAAGGUGUAUUUGCACAUCUCGCUAUGGCAGUCUUCCAGGUUAAAUUUGGAGUCUCCAUGAAUUGAAGACCAAUCUCUAACACACUGCAUCAAGUAGUUGUGGAGCAAAAUUAUAAGGGUGUUAAGAAAAUAUGCAGUAUUUAACUUUUAGUUGAACACACUUAAUUACAUACUAAAAUAUUUUCAAUUUGGAUGGAAAGAUGGAGUUCAGUGAGAACUGACAUGUCAAGAUGUUUUAAAACAAAUCUAUCCUCUCAAGGCUGUAUAUGUCACUGAAAAAGCUGGCAUUUGUUGCCCAUCUCUAAAUGCCCUUAAAUGAAAUAGGUUGCUCGUCUAUUCCAGAAGGCAUUUAAGAGUCACUUUGCUCUGGUCAGGAAUUGUAUGUAGGCCAGACUAGGUGAAGAUAGCAGAUGUAGUUCCCUAUAGGGCAUUAGUGCACCAAUUAAAUUUUUACCAUAAAUGAUAACUUCAUGGUCACCAUUACUGAGAUUUUAUUCCAGAUUUUAUCAAUUGAAUUUAAAUUCUAUCAUUUGGAAUACUGGGAUUUGAGCUUGUGUCUCUGGAGCUAACAGCUCCAGCUCCAGCUCCCAGCCCUGGGACUUACAAACUAUAUCACUGAUCUCUCCAAAUUGACACAGGACAGUUGGAAUUAAGAGGUGAAGCGUCAUUCCAUUCAGGAAUACAGUCAACCAGCAUUGAAAACCUUAGUCUAUACUCAAGAGUGCUUGUUUACAUUUAUACUUAUGUCACCAAAGAACAUUCUUGAUAUCUGUAAUCAGUUUGUUCAACUAUGUUAGGACACUGCUAUUGGAAGGAUGUUGUAAAACCUGAAAGGAUUCAAAAAAGACUUUCAAGCAUGUUGCCAGGGCUGGAGCUCUUGAGUGUUAGGGAGAAGCUAAAUAAGCUGGGGCUACUUUCCUUGGAUUGUCAGAGGCUGAGGUUAUGGAUAUUUAUAAAAUCAUGACGGCAUGAAUGGGAUAAAUAGACAAGGUCUUUUCCCUGGGGUGGGAGAGUCCACAACUCGACGGCAUAGGUUUAAGGUGAGAGGGGAAAGAUUUAAAAGGGACCUAAGGGGCAACUAUUUCACGCAGAGGGUGGUGCAUGUCUGGAAUGAGCUGCCAGAGGAAGUGGUGGAGGCGGGUACAAUUACAACAUUUAAAAAGCAUCUGGAAUAGGAAAGGUUUAGUGGGAUAUAGUCCAAAUGCUAGCAAAUGGGACUAGAUGCAUUUAGGAUAUCUGGUCAGGAUGGACGAGUUGGACUAAAAGGUCUUUUUCCGUGCUGUACAUCUCUGUGACUCUAUGAUAUGUCGAAUUGGUAGGUUUCUCUCAGUCUUGCUAAAUCCAAAUCUAAGUCUGUAAGUUUGAAAAUAAUUCCGUUACAUUAUAGACAAGAGAAAAUUCUAAUAUGUUUUAAAUAUGAGAAUGCAAUAGUAUUCAUAAAGACUUUGCUUUUGUGUAGUCAUUUUAUGAUAGAGAUUGUUUUAACUUGUAUGGCGUUGUAUUAUUUUGUUGGUAAUUAACUGAAAUAUAAUUGUAAAGUAUCUGUGUUUGACUCUAUUCUUUUGGUAUCUGGUAAGAAAAGUUAAGUUAUGUUGUAAUUUACUUAUUAUAUAAUGGUAAUCCUGUUGUGUGAAGAGCUGUCUUUGUCAAUCAACAGUAACUUUUGAACUUCUUAAGUAGCACUGUUUGAAUCCAAUUCAUUCAGAGAUGCUCCAUCCCAGGCCAAAUCCAGGUGACAGCCAAGAAGGCACAAAAAUACCUCUUCUUCCUCAGGCAGCUCAGGAAAUUUGCCAUGUCCCAUAAGUAGCCUCACUAACUUUUACAGAUGCACCAUUGAAAGCAUACUGUCCUGAUGCAUAACAGCGUGGCAUGAAAACUGCUCUUCCCAGGGCUGUGAGAAACUACAGAAGGUGGUGUGCACAGCCCAGACCAUCAUGGAAGCCAACCUUCCAUCCAUAGACACUACUUACAUGGCUUGCUGCCACGGAAAGGCAGCCAACAUUAUUAAAGACCUGCUGCGCCCCAGUAAUGGUCUCCUACAACCUCUUCCAUCAGGCAGAAAAUACUGAAGCUUGAACACAUGUACCAGCAGAUUCAGGAACAUCUUCUUUCCAGCUGUUAUCAGACUGUUGAAUGGGCUGUAACCUCAAAUAAUGUAAUCUGAAAUGUAACCUGUAUGCCUCUAAGAGUUUUUGAUCUAUAAAUCCUUUGUUGGCUGUGA